CUUGGCUGUAGCUUGCAAAUCUAGACAACAACAACAACAACAACCAAAGCUGCAAUAAGACACACUCCUCUUUAACCUUCAUCUUUAAUUCAGCAGCUUGUAACAAAGCUUUAACAGCAAAAAGUGCAAUCGCUCGGGUGAGUAGGCAAAGCAAGAACAACGGCAACUACAGCCAAAGAAUGAUAGCAAAUACACCAGAGAAAGACGGUGCUCCUCAACAUCAGCCACACGAUAUCGUUGAUACUGGCGCUACAACUUCGACAACGAUGGCAGAGUACGCUGUUACAGGAAGAUCAUCCAAGGCCAGUAGUAGCAGUCUUCGUGAAUCCAUUGAUUAUAAAAAGAAUCACGAUUUAAACCAGCAUAGCAUUGGCAUAAGCGAGUACGAGACCGACGAGAAAGUGGCCACAGAAGAAUAUGAACCAGAGGAAGGCAAAACAAGAAAGAAGUUCAGUUACUCCCAGUUUUAUAACCGUCAUAUCCGGUGGUUUCAUCUCGGCAUGUUCCUCAUCUUCACUGGUUAUCUUGCUGCUGCAUUUGCAUUGCAAGUGCCAAAGGGUUACGAUCAAGAAAACCUGGUUCUCGGGUUGAUUUAUGCCUUCUUUACUCUGUACAUCAUAUUCCAGCAUAUUCCUAUCAGCAUCAUUGUCGACCCAUUCCUCAAGGCUGUCGCUUUUGUCGGAAAGCCUGUCAUGCGACUUAGUCGACGGAUCCGAGGAGCACUUUACGCUGGUAGUGUCAUGGCUCUCAUCAUUGUGGUCGUUUUUGCCAUGCCCGAGACCGAAAACUCGAAUCGACUCCAGCGACUGAUUGGUCUUGUUGGAUUGGUUUUUUUCCUUGGCGGUACUUUUGCUUCUUCCAAGCAUCGUAGUCAGAUCAACUGGAAUACCGUCUCUGGAGGCAUUUUGCUUCAAUUUCUUUUAGGGUUGUUCGUGUUUAAGUCCUCGGCUGGUCAUGAUCUGUUCCAAUGGCUUGCCGAGUUUGCCGAAGGCUUCUUGAGCAAAGCAUGGCAUGGUACAUCGUUUGUCUUUGGUGAAGACGUUGCCAAUUCUGGCAUUUUCUUCAUGAGCGUCGUGCCCACUGUCAUCUUCUUUGCUGCUGUUGUCCAAAUGCUCUACUAUAUCAAUGCUUUGCCAUGGCUUUUGUCGCACGCUGCUCGAAUAUUUAUCAAAGUCUUGGGUGUUUCAGGAGCUGAAGCAGUUGUUGCUAUUGGAUCGUGCUUCCUUGGUCAAACAGAGGCGCCUCUGUUGGUCAGACCUGUUUUUCCAAGUAUGACCAAGUCCGAGAUCCACCAAGCCAUGACAUGCGGAUUUGCCACAAUCUCUGGUAGUGUCUUGUUCGCCUAUAUUGCCAUGGGCGUAUCAGGUCAAGCUCUGAUCACCUCGUCCAUCAUGUCGAUCCCAUGUUCCCUCGCUGUUUCUAAACUGCGCUAUCCGGAAGUUGAAGAGUCUGUUACAAAGAAAGCUGACAGCAAAAUUGUUGUUGAAGGCGAUACCGAGUCGUACAACUUGCUUCAUGCAGCUAGCACGGGUGCUGGUCUUGGUAUCAAAAUUUCUUUGUUGAUCGUUGCCAACCUAAUUGCCAUCCUUGCUCUGCUGUAUGCUUUUAACGCUUUUUUGACCUGGGCCGGUAACUUUUUGACGAUUCAAAACCUUACUUUGGAUCUCGUCACCGGAUAUGUGUUUGUGCCCCUUGCUUGGUUGAUUGGUGCCGACAAUGCCGAUCUGGUACCUGUCGGUCGCUUGAUGGCACUCAAAAUAUGGGCAAACGAGUUUGUCGCUUAUAAUGAAAUGCAGACCGUCUAUCUUGAUGUGAUAUCAUACCGAUCGCAACUCGUAGCAACUUAUGCGCUCUGUGGCUUUGCUAAUUUUAGUUCGAUUGGUAUUCAGCUGGGUGGUCUUGGUGCCAUCGCUCCCAAGCGAACUGGUGAAAUUGCCGAGUUGGCUAUCUCUUCCUUGAUCUGCGGUAGUAUCUGCACAUGGGUUUCAGCUUGCUUUGCAGGCAUGCUUUUGUAAAACAUAACGGUACCUCCUAAUGCAUAUGUUUCCUUCCUCCUUAUCUUUCCGUACAUAUAGCUCAUUAUGUAUAGCAAAAUGCAAUACAAUAUAAUUUUUUUGUAAGAGUAAUAAAUAUAUUAAAGUAAUAAUUUGUAGC